CGUGGAUCACCUGGAAUUUGGUCGGCCAGCUACAGUGCUCUGCUUUCCGCGGCUCGGAAAACACGCUACGAUGGGCGUAUGGCAAAUCCAGUCCAUGGAUUCUACUAUGGUGGAUUCAAAUGCGACGAGGAGGACUCUCGUGGUCCCGGACGUAAAACCUUCGGAUCAGUACGAUUUUACUCGAGCCAAAAUAUGUGCUAGUCUGGGAUGGCUUCUGGCGAAAUCGUAUGGAACUCCAGAGAACGUUCCGGCGGACCUGCGGGACCCCUUCUACACAGACCAGUAUGAGCAGGAGCACAUGAAGCCUCCCGUCACCCGGCUGCUCCUGUCGUCGGAGCUGUACUGUCGCGCCUACGGCCUGCUGCACCCGGCCGGAACCCGGCCCGACGACACGACGGCCUGCAGGGACGCCAGCGCCCUCCUGAGCCUCCUCGCCAGCCGAGGCCUGUCUCCUAGAGACCAGGACGCCAUGGUGACCAAGGCCGACCUGCAGACGAAGCCAAUCAGAAUGAGUUCCCACCUGGCAGUGAUUGACUCACUGAUGGCAGUGGGUGCCAUGGAGAUGGUGAGCGCAGUGAAGAUUCCGAGUGGGGCGGAGCAGUUGGGCAGCAGAGCAUGCUGGGAGAAUGCGCUCCUGUACUGGGUGAAUCGGGUGAAUCAGAAAUUGAGGGAGAUUACAGAGAGAGCGGCCAAUACAGACCUGCAGUCCAGCCAGCCUUCUACCCGGUAUAAGAAGGAUAAGUUGCUGACUAGGCAGGCCUCAGUGUUGCCGUUGGUAACGGGAGUGAAGGACCUCUCUGAUGGAGUUGUCCUUGCAACGGUCAUCCACUUCUACUGUCCAAGCCUCCUUAACCUGGAGGAGAUUUGUGUGAAGGAUAAUAUGCUGGCAGCAGACAGCAUGUAUAACCUGCAGCUCAUGCGAAAGUUCUGUGACACUUUCUUGAAUAACUGCUGCCCCCUAGUGUUGGAAGACCUGCUGUACAGCCCACCAAUUCUCAGGGUGAACAUCAUGAGCUUGGUGGCGGAGCUCCUGGAGUGGUUCGAGGUGCGAAGGCCAGACUUCGUCCAACCCCUGGAGACCCUGGACCUUACCGAUACCUCAGAGCUGAGCAACUACAAGACAACCAGCAGCGGGCCCAACAACAGUGCUCCCGCUACCAUCUUCAACCAGCCUUUCCUGCCUAUCUCAGCGACCACACCAGGCUCCUUGACCCAGUCUACCUCAUUGUCAGAUGUAGGAACAAGCCGAACAUGGACCAAGAAGUCUAUAAGUCGUCCGCUCUCAGGUGUAUCCUUCAGUAUUCCCUUCGGUCUGGACAGCGAUGUGGACAUCGUCACGGGGAAGCCGGUUCCCCGCUCGGUCAGUUCAGACAGCCUGCCCCGCGCGCCCUUCUCCCCCCCGGAGGACCUGGGCCACCUGCUCAGCAAGACCCCCGGGGCCCCCGCCCCCCACAACGGGCCCCUGUCCCAGCAGCGCGCCACGUGGGGGGCCCAGCCCAGCCCCGCGCCACACGGGGAGGGCUCGGACGUGCCCACCAUCGAGGAGGCCCUCCAGAUCAUCCAGAACGAGGUGAAGCUGGAGCCCCGUCUCCACCCCGAGGGCGCGCCCGACGGGUUCUACCUGCACUCCCCCGACGGCUCCGCCCCUCCCCGCGCCAGCAGGCCGGGCGGCAGGCCCCGGGACCGGGACCGGCACGCCUCGGACGGCUCCCGCGACGACGACUCGGUCCUGCGGGACGGCAGCGUGGACUCGGACGCCUCCGAAGACCUGCCCAAAACGCAGUCCACGCCCCCCGACAGCGGCGUGAAGAUGACCAGCUUCGGCGAGCGCAAGAGGCGACCGCCGUCCAGCCCGUCCCCCGCCGACGAGCCCCCCGGCCGGGGCCCCGCCCUCAACACCGAGGCCACGGAGCUGGGGGCCCGGCUGGAGGAGAAGCGGCGCGCCAUCGAGGCGCAGAAGAGGAGGAUCGAGGCCAUCUUCCAGAAGCAUCGCGAGCGUCUGGGCAAGACCGCCCUCCUGCAGCUAAACAAGCAGGGUCAGGGCCAGGGCCAGGGCCAGGGCGAGGCCGGCGAGGGGGACGGGGCCGGAGAGAAGGGUGACCAACGCAAGCGCUCCCUGGAGGAGCGUCUGGCUCGCAUGGAGGACGAGGAGCGGCGGGAGGAAGGGGCCGACACGGACCAGGAGGACGGGGUGGAGCCUCUGGAGAGAGAGAAGGGCGUGGGAUCGGGGGAGGACGAGUCGGAGGACAAGGGGAAGGGGGCGGCCCCGCUGGGCGACUACAACAACGCGGUGUCGCGCCUGACGGCGGCACUCAGCUCCUUGCAGAGCGACAUGCAGCGGCUGUCCCAGCAGCAGAACCAGCUGGUCCGCAAGAAGAACCCCUCGGCGAACAAGGCCUGGGUCAUCGCGGCCAGUCCCAAAUCCCCCGCGCCCGCCACCCCGCCUCCCCGCCUGUCCCGCGAGUCCACCCGCGACGCCCCCCCCCCGUCCCCCUCGCCCUCCCGCAAAGCCAGCUACUGCACGCCCCCCAAAUCUCCCCAGGUCUCCCACCGCAGGGCGCAGUCCGCCCCUCCCAAGAGCCCCAAGCUGCAGCACAGCCGACCGCUGGACGUGAAGCCCCAGCUGACGCGCAUGCUCAACACCCAGCAGAGCGUGGACUCCCUGCCGCGGCUGGGCAAGGUCAAGCCCGACCUGUGCCAGGUGCAGACCAACUCGUCCUUCACCAUCGGGACCCCGCGGCCCCCCCGCCCGGCCCCGGACCCCGCCCCGGACCCCGCGCUCCUCAGCCUGGACCUGGAGGCCCCCCGGGGCCCGGGCGGGCCGGGCAGCAGCUCCGGGGCCCCCUCCGAGUGCUCCUUCGACAGCGACGUGCCGGCGGCCUUCGGGGGGAACCGCGGCAGCCUGAUCGAGAUCUCGCUCUCCUCCCUGCGGGGGGGCGGCUCGGACGACGCCGACGACACCUUCUCCGACUCCAUGAGCGAUCAGAUGGAGCCCGACACCAAAGGCGGCGUCGGCUUCUUCUUCAAGGAUGAAGCUCGUCCGGAGGAUGAGAUGGCUCAGCGCAGGGCUGCUCUGUUCGAGAAGCAGCAGAAGAGAGCCGAGGAGAUGAAAAGAAAGAGAGAGCAGGAGAGAGAGUCAAGGCCCUCGUCUUCAGAAGAGCGGCCCCGGACCCCCAGCACGCCCCCGGCCACCCGUACCCCUCCGGCCGAGGCCACGCCCGUGCGGCGGGGAGACUUCACCAGGCUGGAGUACGAGCGGCGGCAUCAGCUGAAGAUCAUGGAGGAUCUGGAUAAGGCUCUGCGGCAGAGGCCCACCACAGUACGCGGCGUCAAGAAGCAGAGGCCCAAAUCGCUCUUCCGCGAUGACUCCGCCCUCUCGCGCAGCCCUGCUAAGGGCUACAUGGGCACAAAGAUGAAUAAGGUCUACUCUCACUCCUCCCACAAUCUUUCCACACUGGCCAAUGACAACAGCAACACUGGAACUCUGACCAUCAGAAAAUCUCCAAGCCGAUCCCAUUCGCCUGCAAGGCUAAUGUCUCCUAGCCGACUGUCCCACCAGAACGGAGAGAGGGACUGGGACCUUGCUUCCACUGUCUCUUCCCCUGCAUCAAUCCCAGAGUACACCGGGCCAAAGCUGUACAAGGAGCCGAGCUUUAAGUCCAAUAAGUACAUCAUCCAUAAUGCCCUGUCGCGCUGCUGCCUGGCAGGGAAGGUCAACGAACCGCAGAAAAACAAAAUACUGGAGGAGAUGGACAAGUGCGCGGCCAACCACUUCCUGAUCCUGUUCCGUGACUCCAGCUGCCAGUUCCGGGCGGUGUACGCCAUGAUCCCGGAGACGGAGGAGAUGGUGCGCGUGACGGGGAUCGGGCCCCGCGUGAUCGGCGCCGGCAUGGUGGAGUCCAUCUACAAGUACAGCUCCGACCGCAAGCAGUUCACCGCCAUCCCGUCCAAAACCAUGUCCAUGAGCGUGGACGCCUUCACCAUCCCCAACCAACUGUGGCAGAGCAAGAGGCCCGGCACGCCCAAAAAACUCGGCACCCCCAAAUGAGCAGCCCGCAUUCUCCGCCCUGCACCGCGAAGCCCCCCUGAGUUCUCCGUCUGCUUUGGGACUGCAGGCUUGCAGAGGUUGAAACGGCCACCAGAGGGCGACGUUCAUAAUAGUGCCAGUUUACUUUCUUUACCCCCUCCUCCCAUACCCAUUCAUAUCAGUGACUGUCUGGCACUGAAAAGGAUGUAGUUUAUGAGCCGGUCACUGAAGGUCAAAGGGGAAGUCAAUAACGCAGAUCCCUUUACCCUGGGGCCCUUUACCCUGGGGCCCAGCGGGAUCGUGCUCACCUGGGGGACAGCAGGACUCUCCCGAGCUCACGUAACACUCAGCUGAGGCCAGAUCCCAAUCUGAACGCCACUGAAACUUCCAAGAGAAUGAAAGCUAGCUACGCCCCAUUCCGCUGAACAGGUCCCAGGCCUGGUGUGUUGAGUCACUGCCUUUUUACGGUGUCCCGUCUACUGAUCUCAGAACAGUUUCACUGCCCAGCUGCCCUUCCUGUACAGGGUCAGCCUCUGGCCCGAGCUGAUCCCUGAACAGUCGAAACACGCUGGUGUGAUUUUUAUACUCCUCUUGGCAUUCGGAUGGUACAAACCCUCAGUGGCCUUCGGGGUUCAGCUCACCCUUGUAUGACUAUAUGACCAUUUAUUAUCGUUUAAGACUGAAUUCUGACCACCCCCAGUUUAGCUUGUUUUUUCUCCCAGGGAGCAGAGCUCUGUAGCGUUUCUGUGUUUUCUGCAUAAUAAAAAGUGGAAUGUGACCCA